GGCGGGUGCUGGGCCGGUGUGGCAGGGCCGGCUGUGGUGUGUGAGGGCGGCUGAGGCCCGGCAGUGUGUGCUCGGAGAUUCCCAGCCCUGUAUCCCCCAAUCUACUCCCCUCCUCGGCCACAUCCAGAGUGCUGCGACUCCCUGUUACCCCAGCGGGUUACUGUAAGGUGCAAAAAUGACGAACACAAGGGGUAAAAGGCGCGGUACCCGGUACAUGUUCUCCAGACCCUUCCGCAAACAUGGAGUGGUUCCCUUGUCAACAUACAUGCGCAUUUACAAGAAGGGUGAUAUUGUGGACAUCAAGGGUAUGGGCACGAUCCAAAAAGGCAUGCCGCACAAAUGUUACCAUGGCAAAACAGGCCGUAUCUACAAUGUGACACAGCACGCUGUCGGUAUCAUUGUGAACAAGCAGAUCAAAGGCAAGAUUCUUGCCAAGAGAAUUAAUGUCCGUGUGGAGCAUGUCCGCCACUCCAAGAGCAGAGACAGCUUCCUGCAGCGUGUCAAGGAGAAUGAAAAGAAGAAAAAGGAGGCCAAGGAGAAGGGUGUCUGGGUGGAGCUGAAACGCCAGCCAGCCCAACCAAGAGAAGCCCACUUUGUCCGGACAUUUGGGAAGGAACCAGAGCUCCUUGAACCUAUUCCUUAUGAGUUCAUGGCAUAAUAUGAUGCAAUUAAACCUUCUUUUUGGAAGCCA